GGCAAUCUCUCUCUCUACCUGUCUCUCCCCCCCCUCAUUCCCCUCUUCCCUCGGUCCUUCCCGGUCCUCCCCCCUCUCGGUGCGGACAUGCUCCGGGUGGUGAGGAGAUGAGGUUCCGAAAUGUCUCCUUGACGCUCUUGUUGUUCGGACUGUGCGGGCUGGUCUCGCUUUCCUGGUACACCGCCUUCAGCAGCUCCAGAGGAGAUGUGGUGGACAUCUACCAGAGAGAGUUCCUGGCCUUGAGGGAGCGUCUGCACUCGGUCGAGCAGGAGAACCUGCAGCGUUCCAAAGAACUGAACGUGGUCCUGGAGGAGAUCAAGCGGGCCAUCGCGGAGAAACAAGUGCUGAGGGACAUCAACAGAACCUGGAGCAGCCUCUCUGAGGAGACCAGGUUGAAGUUGUGGAACGUGAGCAGUAGUAAAAACUUCCUCCAACUUCCUUCGGUCCUCCAUCAUCUUCCUCACUUGAUCCACAGGGAAGACAGUUUGCAGCCCGCCGUGCACGUGGGCCAAGGACGCACUGGAGUCUCCAUAGUGAUGGGCGUUCCCAGCGUGAAGAGGGAGGUCCACUCCUACUUGACGGACACGCUCAACUCACUCAUGUCGCAGCUCAGCGCCACUGAGAAGGACGACUGCGUCAUUGUCGUCCUCAUCGCCGAGGCGGACCACGAGUAUGCCAUGAGCGUAGCGGACAACCUGAAGCAGCUCUUUCCAGCAGAGAUCCAUUCGGGUCUAUUGGAGGUGGUGUCUCCAUCGGUCCACUUCUAUCCAGACUUCUCCCGCCUCCGAGAGUCGUUCGGGGACCCGUUUGAGAGAGUGAGGUGGAGGAGCAAGCAGAACUUGGACUAUUGCUUCCUGAUGAUGUACGCACAGUCCAAAGGCACCUUCUACGUACAGCUGGAGGACGACAUCGUGGCGCGGCCUAACUACUUGACCACCAUGAAGAACUUUGCUCUGCAGCAGCCUUCAGAGGAGUGGAUGAUUCUGGAGUUUUCUCAGCUCGGUUUCAUCGGUAAGAUGUUCAAGUCUUCAGACCUGUCCCUCAUCGUGGAGUUCAUGUUGAUGUUCUACAAAGACAAGCCCAUCGACUGGCUGCUGGACCACAUCAUGUGGGUCAAAGUGUGCAACCCUGAGAAGGACGCUAAACACUGCGACAGACAAAAAGCCAACCUGAGGAUUCGCUUCAAGCCGUCCCUCUUUCAACAUGUCGGGACACACUCCUCCCUAGCCGGAAAAAUCCAGAAACUCAAGGACAAGGACUUUGGCAAGCAGACCCUCCACAAGGGACACGCCAACCCGCUGGCUGAGGUGACCACCAGCCUGAAGACCUACCAGCAUUUCACCCUAGAGAAGGCCUACCUUGGAGAAGACUUCUUCUGGGCUUUCACCCCCGUGGCUGGGGACUUUGUACGCAUACGUUUCUUCACGCCUGUCCGCAUUGAGAGGUACUUUUUCCGAAGCGGAAACAUUGAGCAUCCGGGAGACAAACUCUUCAACACGUCUGUGGAGGUUCUCCCGUUCGAUAACAUUCAGGCAGACAAAGAAGCCCUGACUGACGGGAAGGACAAAAGCCAAAGAUACCAUCGCACAGAAGAUGGAUUCAUCAGAAUCGGAAUGUUCCAGAAGGGCAUUGCAGAGGGAGAGGUGGAUCCAACCUUUGGGCCUUUGGAGGCCAUGCGCCUCGCCGUGAUGACCGACUCUCCGGUUUGGGUCAUCCUCAGUGAGAUCUUCAUCAAGAAGGCCGAGUGAGGGUCUUCCUGCUCAGUCAGCCUCCGCCUGAGUGGUCCCGCUCGCCGCCUUCCCAACCACGGUGCCACAGCGCCGCCGUCUGGUGGAGCUUUGCCACUGCAGGAAGAAAAGCUCAGCAGCCAGACAGGCAUGAGGCGGACAGGAGGACACACUAAGGAAGAAGCAAGGCGUGGACACACCACAGUCAUCUGGACGCUUAAGUGGCGAGGCGCCAGCGCGUGAUGAUGAAAGUGUUUUCUCCAACUGGCCAGGCCUGUUUCCAGUAGGAACGUGAACAUCACCAAAAUGACAUGUGCCUUAUAGAAAGGGUCGCUGUGGUUCUGGAAAGCCUGGAGACAUCCUGCAGACAUCCAGCCCGUCACUAAGAAGUGCUCUUCGUGAGAUCAUGGAGGAAGUGAGAUGCUAUCUCAUCCAAAUGCGAUUGGUUCUCUGCUUCAAGCAGAGAUGAUCACAUGACAGCAUCAACAAGCUCACAGUUAACACUCGCACAAGAUGCUACAAAUAUACUUACUGAAAGUACUUUCUGUUGUCUUUUCAUGUCUAUUUUCUUGCCACAUCCAUAAAAUAUUAACUAUUAAAUUAUGUGUCAUUA